GAUUUUUACGUCAAGCAACAAACAAAUCCAACAAUAAGCAAGCAAAAUCCGCUCCAGUGACCGUCGCACUGCCCUGACUACCUGAGUGUCCGAAAGGAAUCCUUUCAGCGCGAGCGGGUCUCUUGGACUCGAGGGAAGUUAUCACUCUGAACCGUCGCCGUAGGCAGACUCGUCAAGGGCUAGCGUGGGGGCCGGUUGCGCACGUUUGGCAAAACGUUUGCUGCCGGAUGUCGAGUUUGGCAGGCACGCAGCAUAAUAGAAUGUUGUGAGUGGCGGUUAAGGUAGACUGAUGUCCCUCGCGGCCACUCAGAGGAGCUCCGGUCAUUUGGAUGGCGGACAUAACGGUGCGUGGAGCGUGGCGUCCUCAGCAGUGCUAGCGGCGGCGUCAUCUCCUUACUCAGCGCACGGCUGCAAUGGCCUCCCUGUGCCGGCCAUCCUUCCGGGGCUGGGCUGCGGGAGCCCAACCCUGCUGCAAGGAGGCUUUAGGAACCCCCUCGACAGCGGAACCGCGAGCGGCGCACCGCCUUCGCACGCUGCCAGCGUUAGCAGCAGCGAACCCUUCCUAAUGACGGACGUGGACUCUGGCGCGCGAUUGAACUGCGGACGCAGCACUGACGCAGCCAGGGCGGCAGAGCUGACGGCGCCAGCACCUGGCGCGGCGGCGCUCUCUAGUGCCGCUCCCACUGCACAGACCUGUAACAUCACCAGUUGCAGCAGGUGUACCACUCCUAGCAGUAGCAAUGGCACCAGCAGCACCACUAUUCAUAAUGCUAUCAGUGACGCGCGGCCAGCCGCCGCGGCGCUGCCGCCUGCAGGCCCUUGGCCGGCCGACGGCGCCGCCAGCAGUGGCAGUGACAGCAGCAGCGGCAGGGGGGUGCAGCAGCAGGGUUGCAGCAGCGCAACAUGCGCCACACAUACAUAUUCUUCAGCCAGCGAGCUUACGGCAGACUCGACCACUGCCUUGAGGAGCUGUAACGCUCCAGUGGCAUUGAACUGUGCGGCAGGGCGGCCGGCGCCGGUAACCGUGCCGGUGCCCCUCGCGGUGCCGGGCUGGGUCGCAAGUCAGCCGCUUGCCAUCGCGGCGGCGGCGUGCGGCCGCGGCGGGCUCACAGCAGUGGAUUCUCCGUCGUACGCAACCACGUCAGAAAUCCAGAUCCAGCCUCUUGCGUCCGGCAGCUCGGUUGAGGGCGCCCCCGCUCCCGAGCUGCUGCGGCCGCGGCCGCAUCGGACAUCUGCACCAUCGGCGGCGGCGGCUAUGCCUGCUUUCGCGGCCACAUCGCCAGGCGUAGGGGAGAUCGCGAUUGCUGCAGCAACGGUAGCAGCAGCAACAGCAACAGGCGCUAGCUCUGGCGCUUCGUCGGCUGCUGUGUCCACAUCAGGAGCUGCCGCCACAUCUGCUGCUGCUUCGUCUGCUGCCGGUCACGCAAGCCUUCCACCCGAGUUUGCGAGACGCAGCAGCGGCAGCGUAGGCACCGGCGCUCGGGGCGCGGGAGGCAUGGGUGCGGGCGGCAUCUACCGGAACGGCGUGCUCCGGGGCGGGAACGGCGGGAACGGCGUCCUGGCGGUUGCCGCUGCCGCAGCAGCAACAGCAGCAGCAGCCAACCUGCGGCACCAAGCCUCGGGUGCGUCGCUGCCAAGCCCCGGCGGCGCCGCUUCGCCGGUGCAGCUGUCGCCGGCGGCUGAGGCUCCAAUGCGGCGCAGCGGCCCCGGGGGCGGCGGCGGGGGCGCGCAGGCAGGGCUGGGCGCUGGCACAGCGCGUCGAGCUGCCGCCGGGGUUGCCAAGACGUCGCAGAUCACACACCAGUUUAGCACUGCACAACGGCACAAGGCUGCGGCGGUCAUCCAGGCGUCGUGGCGCGGCUUCCGCAUCCGGCGCCUCUACCUCCGCCUUAUCGUGUGGCGCGUGCAGACGCUGCAGGCCGCCGGCAGCGAAGGCGACCCGCAGACCAGCGGGGGCGUCACGGGCGCCGUCUCGUCGGCCGCCGCCGCCGCCGGCCAGAAACGCGGCUACCUGGUGUUUGCGAGGCGGAGGUUCCUGGCGCCGGUACCGCCGGAGCUGCCCGAGGUCAGCAGCUUCACGACCUGCGGCCGGCCGGCGCGCCUGAUCGGGCUGCAGCGGAGGGUGUGGUUUGACAUGGGGGAGCCGCCCCGGGCCGCAGCAGCAGCGGGGGCGGCGGCUCCGGCGCCGCCGCCGACGCUGCGGGUGCGGGUGCCGCGGCGGGCGGAGGUGGACGUCAUGAUGAGCGAGGUGGAGCGCAUCCUGGCGGGUGGCUUCUGGCGGGACGGCGGCGGCGCGCUGAGCUCGGCGGCGGCGUCUGAGGCGGGCUCGGACCAGGGCCUGAGCAUGUACAUGCAGGCGCGCAUGCGGCAGGAGGAGCGCGAGGCGGAGGAGGCGCUGCAGAUGCUGUCGUUCGAGCCGGCGCACGACCUCAUGCACAAGCUGGGCAGCCUGCGGGAGCGCACGCUGGAGACGCUGGGCAGCCUGGGCCGCACCCUGGGCGGGGCGCUGGCCUCGGCGGCAGGUAGCGCCGGCUUCGGCGCCGGCCGUGGGCACGGACACGGACAUGAGCCAGGUACCGGUGAUGCAGAGGCGGGCGUUGUGGAGGGCGGCGGCCGGGGCGGCUGGGGCGCGGGCCUGGCGCGCUCGCUACCGCGAGUGCUCCACGCGGCAGCGGCCGCGGCCAGCCUCCACACGCACUUGUUCGGCAGCCUGCCGCGCCACGCCCAGCACCACGCGCACAUGCAGCCCGCCUACCUGCCGCUUGUGCCGCAGCCCGGGCUGAUGCAGCUGCACCCCAGCCCGCUGCACCAGCACCUCUUGACCGGCUACGGCCCAAGCACCGGCGCGGGCGUCGGUGUCGGUGUUGGCAUCAGUGCGAGUGCCGGCGCCGGCGUUGGCGCGGCUAGCAGCAGCGUCGGCAGCAGCGUCAGCAGCAUUGGCGGCGGCUGGCUUGCCGGCUUGGGCUCCAUAGCAGCGGCGGCGGGCGGCGGCUCCACGGGGGGCGGCCAGCUGGGCGAGCUGGAAGCGGGCUGGGAGCUGCGCAUGCCGCUGCUGACGGUGGUGGAUGCCCAAGGCAACGCGCACACGGAGAUGCAGCUUAGCGCUGUGCAAGUGCCGCUGGGCAUCAACCGGCAGCGCUACCGCGACCGCUGCCACGUAAGCCGGCAGACCUUGUAAGGCAAGAGACGUCCUGACAUGAGCGACGGUGACUGGUGAGGUUUGGCGUGUGAGGCGUUGUUCAAAGUGCUGUGGAGAGGUGUGGUGAGGUGCGAGUGGACGCGCGCUGGUGGUGUGUGUGUGUGUGUGUGUGUGUGUGUGUGUGUGUGUGUGUGUGUGUGUGUGUGUGUGUGUGUGUGUGUGUGUAUGUUGCGUGUGUGUGUGUUUAUGCACGGCCGCAAUGGCCGCUUGGUGCGCUUUAUGCUGUGGGCAGGUGCAGGCGGGGUUGGGGCGCUGGUAAGCGUCGGUUGAGGUCAUUGUAUAGCAAAUUUAUAUUCUAGCAGCCUUUGGGGGCGGCGGGUGGUGGGAUCCUUAGGAGCCCCAGGUUUCGACUUAUUAUUUGGUCCGCUCCGCUCCGGUAGGUGCAGGGGCGAGACUGCUUGACUGCCCACUUCGGAAUCGCCGUGGUGUCGGGUGAUUCGGACGUCACCUUACGAUCAGGACCCAGGGCGCGCACUGGCUACAUACGGUUUACAGUUUCGACGUGACUAGGGGUCACACAGAUACUCGUAACACACCGGGUUCGACGACAUCAGCCGCAGCCUGGUUGCAGAGUGCAGGGCUGUAGGGUGCCAAAAUUGUCAAUCUCGUUCUGAUUUAACCAAGUUGAAGCAAUUUGAUGCCGAGUGCAGCUGCCCGGCAGGGAGGUGCUCGUGUAUCCAGCCAUUUUUAGUGGCGGUGGUGUUGGACGAUGGGGGCGGGGCCCGUGGAUGAAGAGGAGGGAGCAGUUCCCAACGACAAAUCCCGGCCUAAGCCCAUGGUUUGAGGAGUUGUCAGGCUGCAGUUUGUUCAGCACUAAUAACCUGCACCAUUCCGUAUUUCGCCGGUUCUAGGUCAAACACACAUUGCUGCUUCUUGUGGGACGGCGAGUGCGAGAGAGCCUCGAAUGCCCCC